CCCAAUUAAUAUUGAGUUUUGUGAAUUAGGUUUAGGUGAGUUAUUCAUGACAUUUAACUUUGAAUUAUUACUAAAACCUGAUGCCUAUAUUUGUCUAUAUUGCCUUCGUCUAAAUUUAUGCUUUGGCCUGAUUAGCCAAGACGACGAAAAGGUGAGGUUUGGUUUGUGCGUAAAACUGCUGACGUCGACCACGACCGAAUCGGACUCGAAAAUUUGGUCAACUGCUUUUGUUGUUAAUCAUAUAAGCGCUUUCGUUCAUACAAAGUACAUUGAAAGACUUGUGUCAUUCAAUGUCGGAAGAAAUACAGAAACUAAAAUCAAAAAUUGAAAAUAAUACUGUUGUUGAAUCUUCAUUGAAACCAAUUGAAGUGGGAAAUAAAAUAGAAGAAUGUUGUUUAGAGAAUAAACAAAGUUACAGUGAGGUUUUAAAGUCUGCAUCAAAAAAUAAUUCAAGGACGAAUAAUAUAAGGGAAGGUCGAGUCUUGCUUCUCACAUCAAGCCAUCGUCGAGAAUGCAGUAACAUACUUGAUAAAACACUAAAACAUAGAUAUAACAUUCAAAGUUUUUACAAGCCUGGUGCACCAAUAAAAGCAGUCGUUGAGUCAGCAAGAGAGCAAACAAAAGACUUCGGCAAGAAUGAUUUUCUUAUAGUGCUGGGCGGUUCAAAUAACAUAAAUGAACCAAACCUGGACCACCUUCCUGAAGUAACUGAGAAAAUAAAUGACGUUCCACUCAGUCUGAAAACAAACGUAAUUAUAAGCACGAUUGCAAGUAGAUUUGACAGGCCAGAACUGAAUCAAACGAUUAGCCAAACAAAUAUAGCAAUUCACAAAACUAUAAACAACCAGAAAAACAAAAAUUCUAAACAGUUGGGGGUAUGUUUCUUGAAUGAGAGGUUGGAAAGAGAAAACUUUACCAACCAUGGACUGCAUCUAAAUCGAUCCGGCAAAGUAAUAUUCUGUAAAAGGUUAGCAGAGAUGAUUGAAAGCCGUCUGCAAUCCUCUCGAACUUCACUCGUUACUGAGCCUUUUUUAGUAAAAUGGCUCAAAACUGGGAGGGGGAAUUAGAUGAUAAUGUAUCGGCAGCUC